AUGGAUGGUGAGGGUGCGAAUCGGGUUGAUGAGUCCUCAGGAGACCCUCCAAUAGGAGCGCCUCCUAUUUUCCGACCCGCUAAGCUAGAAGAAGAUGACAUGCUAUCUCGAAUACUGUGCAAUGCAUUUCUUCCGCUCUGGAAUCACAAUUGGUUCCACGGCGUUUCGCAACCGCUGGAGCCUGUCAUGAUCGGCACACCCACCAGUAAACCGCACAUGACCAGUCUGCAGAAGACUCGAGUCCGCUUCUAUCGGAGCUUGAUAAGCGCGACCAGGCUACUUGGUGGUUCGGUUCUCGUCGCUGAGAUCAACACGUCGGAUGGUGACGGUGACGGCGCAGAAGCGACAACAUCAACAUCAACAACGCAGACCGAUAUAGGUGCCAUCCUGCUCUGGCUGCCUCCACACAAGCGGAUGGGACCAUUCGAGCUCGGCAAACUGUGGCAGUCGGGAUUUUUGGGCCUCAUGCUCCCCUGGCACUACGGCCCAAGGGGCUUCUACCGCAUCGAGUUCAUCUUUGAGGAGAACAUCCGCAAGAUGUGGACGCGCACGCUACCGGAGCUGCAGCCCCGUGGGUUCAAGGAAGAAGAAUGCGCUUUCGUCCAGAUGAUCGCGAGCAACCCCAAGUACGCCGGGAAACGCUACGCGUCGGCCCUGUUGCGGCAUCAGGUGGAGCAGCAUUUCGAAGAGUUCCCCGACCGCCCUGUCAUUCUCGAUACGACCACCACACAGGCCAUCCGGGCGUAUGAGCGGCUGGGGUUCAAACUCCUCGCCGAAACGCCCGUGGAUACCGGGACCGAUGCCACGGGGAUGAAACUCAAGUCCAAUGCCAGCGAAGAGAUCAGGAAGGAAGCAAAGGAGAUGUGCAUCCAGCGAGUGAUGGCGAGAGUACCAUGA